CAAAAAGCUCGCCCUCGCACGCGCUCGGAAAUCCUUUUCGCGCCACUGCAGUCGCGCAGUACCGUCACAUCUACGCUAUUCGACCACCCCUUGGGCGCCUGCAGUCCGCCCGCAGUCCGCCCAUCUAGACCUGCGCGCAGUCCGCGACCGAGUCUCCACCUUCACCGGACCCCUAACAUCAACACCUCCAACCCUUCUUACACACCCACAAACCUCGCACCAUGUCCGAACCCAUACCCGAAUCAAUCCCUACAAGCGCAGACCCCCGCUCGCACCGCCCGACAAAACGGCGCGCCCUGACGCCCCGCGCAGGAUACGCCUCGGACGUCGAAGCGCUCUUCGCAAAGCCCGACAAAGAGAUACACAUCCCCGGCUCGGCAGUCUCCAAAAAAGUCUCUGCGCCCCCGGAAAUCGUCGCGAACGUGCAAGGCUCCUCCGCCGGCGCCGGGUCCGGGGAGUUUCACGUGUACAAAGCGAGCCGACGAAGGGAGUAUGAGCGACUGAGGGCCAUGGACGAGGAGGUCCAGAAAGAGGUUGACGAGAAGGAGUUCCUGGCGAGGAAAGCGGAGCAGGAAAAGAGGGAUGCCGAGAAGACGGAGAAGAACCGGGCGAAGAGGGCGAAAGCUUUGGCGCGGAAGCAGAAGGCUAAGCUGGGGAAGAAGGGAGAUGCGGCGGCGGCGGAGGGGGACGGGAAGGCGGAGGCAGGAAAGAAGAAACUUGUGCCGAACGCGAAUGGGGUCAAGACGGGGAACGGGGAUGGUGCGGCGGAAGCGGAGGGUGGAGAGGUGAAGACCACAGACGAAAUUGGCUUGGUCAUCGAGGAUGAUGACUGAGAGCUUGCGCAACGGUGAGAAUGAGAAACAAUGAAUGGCGAAAGAAGGUCUCAUCAAGUGCUGAUGGUGGCUGUCGAAUCGUCAUCCAAGACAGGGGUAACGCUCAACGCAUGCAGUAUCCUGCACAAACUGUACCGUGCAAACACAUGAGUUGCACCCUCGUGUCCGUAUUGAGCCGACCAGCGCGGAAUUCACAGUGUGACAAAUGUGCGAAGAUGGGUAGGACGGUAUCAAUAUCAUUCGCUGAUCAUAGGUUUCUAGAGUCUACGUAAAGGCAACGCUGUCUACUGUGCACCAUGCUUUUCUCAAGCAUCUCCAACGCCGCUAAGCAAGCACACUCCAAAAGCUGCUGAACGUAUGAGCGCUUAGUUCAGUCCAAGGUUGGCCAUGGCCCUUUCGUAGUCGUCCCACUUGGUGAGAGCACCGAGUGCGCGACGCUGGUGGGCGCUGAGAAGCGUCAUGCCGUAGAUGUAACUGGCGUUGACCCACCCAAAA